UUAUUGUGAUGUUAAGUGGUAAGUGACUUAAGUAUGCUUGACGAGAUGCUCGUUAGAUGUCGCCAGGCGUAAAAAACGAGUAAAACAAAUCGCGCGCUCGCGAAGACACAAAGAGAAACGAACGCGGCGAAGACGCGAAGAGGAGAAACGGACAGGUUUUGGUCGCGCGGCGAGCCUGAGCGGCGCGAACGGGCCCGCUGCUCGGAAGGUCUGGUCAGUGUCGAUCAGUCUGCCUGAGACCCAGACGCAGCAGUCUUGCGAGCGGUGCGCAUUUCACGUAGGUGCAGCGCGCGCAGCCCGCACUCAAAACAGCCACCGCGAAGAGUAAACAAAACAGUUGCCGAAUUACCGCAGCAGUGUGCCGCAAAGUAUGUGAAUAGUGCCGCCCCCGCUGAGCCCUCAUCCGCCUCACUCACCAGUGCAAUCGCCCGAACAAUGCAAGCGAGCGAAAAGUCGGCCGAGAAGACCAAAUCCAAGUCGGCGAUCUCCACCGCGCUGGCCGCCACCCAGCUGCAGACAUCCGUGGCAUCCCUAUCGGUGCGUUCGCCCAGUUCACCAACAUCAUCCAUGUCGGGCGCCUCCGCCACCGCCGGCACCUCGUCCGCCAUGUCACCGAAAUCCGAUCUCAAGUUCCUACAGGACACACUCCUACAGCGCAGUAUUCAGAAUGUCGCGCUGAGUUUACAAAACGCGAUGAUGAAUUCAUUACAACAAGCUGCGUUAUUACCAGCGAAUUCAGCCGCCGCCGCUGCAUUGAAUCUACAAGCGCUGGAGUCGUACCUUACACUACAACGACUUACAACUUCGGUGACAUCUCAUCAACAACCCGCAAAGGUAGACAUUCUGAAAAUCGCCACCUCAACAGCGCAGAUUACGGAUUCCGAUGCUGACACGCGGCAGGAAUCACAUGACACUGAUAUUACAACCCUCACUGAAGAUGUGGACCUUGCCGAAGAGGUCGAAGAAGACCUCGCGUUGUUAGACAACGAGGAAGAUUUUCCCGAUGCGGCCGAUGGUGAACUGGACGCUGCCAGUGCGGCAAUCGACACCAGUUAUCCGUCGAUGAUCAUGAACCCGCUGUAUUCUCCAACGGGUAGCGCGAGCAUCGCCAGCGCAACAAGCGUCACCCCAACUCAGACCACCGCCAAGGGGAAGACCACCACUGCAUCCACAUCUGCCCGCCCUAAGAAACAGUUCAUCUGCAAGUUCUGCAAUCGGCAGUUCACGAAGAGUUACAAUUUGCUCAUCCACGAGCGCACCCAUACUGACGAACGACCGUACUCCUGCGAUAUCUGCGGCAAGGCAUUCCGGCGGCAGGACCACUUGCGAGAUCAUAGAUACAUCCACAGCAAGGAGAAGCCCUUCAAGUGCACCGAGUGCGGCAAGGGUUUCUGCCAGUCGCGCACCCUCGCCGUGCACAAGAUCCUGCACAUGGAGGAGUCCCCGCACAAGUGCCCCGUCUGCUCGCGAUCCUUCAAUCAGCGCUCCAAUCUGAAGACGCAUCUGCUCACCCACACCGACAUCAAGCCGUACAACUGCGGCGCGUGCGGCAAAGUCUUCCGCCGCAACUGCGACCUGCGGAGACACAGCCUCACGCAUAAUCUCGGCGGGACGGGUAGCGGAGGCGGCGGCGGCGGCGGCGGCGGCGGCGGCGGCGGUACAUCAUCCACUAGCAGCACCACCACCACCGGCAUGGCGACCCUCAUCGGCAACAAUCAGAACUUCAGUAUAGACAACAUUAUAAGCAAAGCCAAAUAGAAAUAGAGAAUUAGUGUCGGGGCGCUAGAUGUGCGCGUGUGAAUGUGUGUGGGACGGUUUGUAAAUAUAAUGCCCUACUUGAGCAUCUCCUUUUUUUUUAUGUAUGUAAUAUUUUUAAUU